AUGCGCUGGAACAUCCCACCGAAAGAUGACCUCCACCACUUUGGAUAUCCCAUGGGAGAAAUGCAGCAGCCAAAUACCCUCACGCUCACCGACAGAGACUGCAAUAACAUUAAAACAUCGAUGAAUCAACCUGUUCCCAAGGGGCCAAUCACCGUUUACCUGGAAGGAGUAACUCCUGGUGAUUUGACCAUCCAUCGAAAUGCGUCGCGCGGCUGUCCGGUAUUUUCAUAUGCUGGUACCGAGUAUGGUGCUCGUAAUGACUGUGGAUGGGACCAUGGAGAUGAUUAUUCUGCGCUUAUAUCUUAUUUUGGUUACGAUCCGGCUCCGUCGAAGGUGCAUUGA